GGCUGCGGUCUUAAUCUAAAAUUGACGUUUGGCUUAACUUUAUUUUACUUUUUCUUUUCUUGAAAUUGAAAAAAAUAAUUUCUUCUCUUCGUGUGAUUGGAUUUAUGAUUUUUUUCUGAUAAAAUGUUUUUGUUUAUGUAAACGUAAAUGUUGGUGUAAUAACUAAUACUAAAUGCUAGAAUCAUCAUGUAUUGAUGUUGUAGUGACAAGUUUGAAGUAAACCAACAUUUAACAAUAUCCCAAGGAUUGUGUGUUUGCAGCAAAAUGUCUAACGUGGGUUACGAUCUUGACACAUCUGGCGGACUUAUGCCGCUGAUUCGAGCGCUAAUAAAGCCGCCAGACGAGGAGAUAAACAAUCAAAAACCCAAAAAGCCCCAUCACCCAUACUACAAACGGCCUGGUAAGGGGCAUAACCAUGAUUCUUGUGACGCGUGUGGCGAAGGAGGGGAUUUAAUCUGCUGCGACCGCUGUCCUGCUAGCUUUCAUCUUGGCUGCUAUGAUCCACCUCUGGAUGAGAAUGACAUUCCAGCUGGGCUGUGGCUGUGCAAAGAGUGCUGUGCCAGUGAUGAGAAGCAGCCCAGCACACGCUCCAGCCGAGCACAGUCCCCCGCUGACAAUAAAUCUGACACUGAUAAAAAGACCAGAUCUCAGAGGAACAGCCGUGCCAACUCUCUCAACAAGAAGAAGAAAGAUGAGAAAGAAGAGGAGGACAGCAAAAAAGAAGCAGAACCUGAAGCUGAACUCACUCCAAUGGAAAUUUUAGUGAAGGCUGCCAAAGUUAUGAAUCCUAAACAGUUUGAGUUGCCGCGCGAAAUGAAGAUCCCCUGUGUAUUUCCUGGCACUGAAAAGGAGGGCAACGGGAAGAACGGCAACGGCGUUGUCUCCGUGGAUGCGUGGGGCUGCGUGCCUCUGCCGGCCAAGUCGUGUUUUGUGUGCCGCGCCACAUGCAAGCUGGCGCCGCUGCUGCAGUGUGACUACUGCCCGCUGCUGUUCCAUCAGGAUUGUUUGGAUCCGCCAUUGACAGCCCUCCCUACUGGUAGGUGGAUGUGCCCCAAUCAUGUGGAACAGUACAUAGACUGGAAAGUGGUGCGCUCGGUGUCGGCGACGGAGCGCGCUGCUCUGUGGGAGCGUUUCAGUGGGCCCGUCGACCAGCACGCCGUCAAGGUGGACUUCAUACGGCGCGCCAGGAAUCCCCGCCCGGCGUUCCGGGUGAAGGUGCCGGUGGGCAUGCGCGGGCGCGUGGUGGUGCCGCGCAUGGUACGCCUGCACUACCGCCGCCCGCCGCCGCUGCUGCCGUCGCGCCGCGAGCACGUGCGCUGCCAGAGAGUGCUCAAACAUAUCAAAGCGGGCGGUGCCUAUGAUUCCGAUGAUGAUGAGGAGGAGGAAGUCACCAAGAUCUGCAUGAACCUGUCGUGCCCGGAGUACACCGGGGAAGGCAAAUGCCCCGUACAGUCGCCUAAAUUGAAGGGUGCUACCAAAAAGGACGCGGAUGACGACCUUAAAGCCAUAGAAGAGAAUGAACCUAAGUUGGAUGACAACUCCGACUCGAGCGACUAUUCAGAUUCAGACUUUGAGCACCUAACGAGUUCUGUGAAGAAGCGCAAAGUGUCGCAGAGCGAGGACAAGAGCCCCGGCAAGCGAGGGGCGAAGCCCCAGCGCCUGGAGCUGUGCGCCGAGGAGGGGGUCGAGGAGUUGCUGGCCACCGUGGAGGAGCAGCUGCAGAAGUUGGAUGAGAGGCUCAUUAAGCUGCUGGCUUGGCAACGGUUGCAACAGGUGGCGGGAGGAGAGGCGGGCGCGGGGCGCUGGCGGCGCAGCGGCGCGGGCACAUGGGGCACGCGCGCCGCUUCCGCCCUCCGCGCCGCUACCCGCGCGCGGCUGGCCAAGCUGGGCGUGCGCCGCCUGCCGCUGCCGUCGGAGCUGCUGCCGCGCGCCGACCGCGAGCGCAUCGCCGCCGCCGUGUGGGGGCCCGCGCCGCCGCCGCAGCCGCUGGACAAGCCGCCGCACCCCGCGCUCGACCUCGCCGACGCGCUGGUUAAGGCUGCGCUGUGCGAGCUCAAGCCGCCCGCCAGAGACGGCGGCGAGGCGGCGUUAGGACGCGCGAUACCGAUGCGGUUGUCCUCACUGAGCAUCGGCAGCGACGGCGCGUGCGACGUGCCGCUGGACGCGCGCUGUCGCCGCGUGUCGCCGCGACACGCCGUCAUAUUCUGUGAUGAGGUGAGCCGUCACUUUGAGUUGAUCAACUACUCGGAGUGGGGCACGCGCGUCAACGGCGUGCUGUACGCGUGCGACCUGUCGCGCGGCGAGGAUGCGGCGGGGGACGUGGGGGGCGACGCCGAGGCGAGGGCGCAGGCGCUGCGGCGAGUCGUGCGCUCCAGGAGGACCAAACCGCCACGACUGAACGGUUCCCUCACCGUACCAGUAGAAGAGGAGCUGGAGUGCACAUGUCCCGGCGCUCCGCCCCCCGCCAGCGCGGCGUGGGAGGGCUCCGCCCUGGUGCCGCACGGAGCCCUGCUGCAAUUCGGCUGUCGCAUGUACGUGUUCAGCAUCACUGACCACCAGACCUUCCCUCACCAGCCGGAGGUCGACGAGCCAGCCCUCUGAGCCAGCUCUCAGAGCUUUAUUAAGAAUAACAGCGUAAAUAGAAUGAGUCUUUACAAGCACCGUAAUGAAGCCGGUGAGAUCCAUUAACAAAAAACAAACGUCAUGAGUCCUUGACAACCGCUUAUACAAACUUUUUUCAUAGUUUGUAUUUCGAAAUUUAACACUAGCAACAAUAACGUAAAUUAAUAUAAUAAUCAAUAAUUACCAAUAAAAAAUACUCUAUCUUUUCUUUAGUUUUUGUUAACAGUUAAAAUAUUUAAAAACAUAAGACGCCAUUUUUACAUUAAAUGUGACAUUUUCCAAUAAAUGAACUAUAAACAUAAACGCACAAAUAACAAAUAUAUAUGUAAUUUUGUUUGACCGCCCAUACAAAUCUAAUGAUCAUUAUGUACCUAUGACGUCAUUAAUUCGUACCAUUUUGUAUGGGGCGUUUUUCAGGGAUCCGUGGCAGCGCCGCAAAUCUGAACCUUAAAACCCUGUAGCUCCGAAAGUAAUGAUUGCAAAUACCCUGUUACUUUUACAAAAUUGCUUUACUGUUAGCAUACUCCUAAUUUGUAUACAAAUUAAAAAACUGUCAUCAUCCCUAUUGUAUCCAUAGUAGCCAAGACAAGGCUAUUUAAGAAGCAAUUAUAAGCAGGCAAGCUAGUAAUUACAUUAAAGUUAGCAUAGUUUGUGCUUCUGCUUGUAUUUGAUUAUUCAAUUUGAGUAACAAAAUAUACUGCAUACUAUGUAAGGUAUACUUAGCUUUAUCAAUUAUAGGAUUAAGACUUUACUUCUUGGUUAACUUCUCCAUAUUGUUAGUGAAUUAGACUAGAACUAUUGAAAUGACAGACAGACAGAUCACACUUGGAUAUACUUUGAUUAGAUCUAUAACUAUUAUCUAAUGGUAGGGUAUAUAUUUCAGGCUAUAAGAAUAAGUUUAUGACUUUUCUUUGUCCAAAAAAAAUCUUAGUUAUAUCCUGGAUAGGGAAGAUUUUUUGACCGAUUGGAGAACUUUUUUUAAACUGUCUGAAUCAAAUCGUUUUUUAUUUCCCCGAUUGUGGAUGAUUAUGAUCAAUAUAAUGGAGUUUUUUAAUAAAUAACUAGUACCUACUACUUAUCGUAAUUUAAGUUAGCUAUAUUUGUUAUCUAUAGGUUGGGUCAUUCUUGUAAUGAUUAAUAACUCUUCAACUUCUACAUAAUAAAGGUUGUUAAAAAGUA